AAAAUAAUGGAAGCAAUUAGAGAGAGAAAGACUGUUCGUUCGCUUGUUCGUAGUUUCUCUCUAAAUGCAAAAUCACAAUCUUAUUAUUAUUUAUUAUUUUCAACAACAAUAAUAAUAAGAAUAAGAAGAAGAAGGAAGAAUUUCUAUUACAAUAUUAAUUACUGAUGAUAUUACUAUAUAUUCUCCAAAUCUCACAACCGCACAUCUCAAUCACACGCACCAAAUACCAUCAUCUCUUCUUCUUCUGCUUCUUCUUCUUCAUUUAGAGAGAUAAACUAGAGAGAGAAACUGUAUGAAUCAAUGAAUCUUAAGUAUGCCUACCUAAGUAGUAAGAUCGCUGCUUCGAUCUCUCUCAUUUCUAUGCUGGAUUAUUGAUUUCAAUCUCUAAGCUUAAGUUCUAGGGUUUCCAGCAAUGGAUGGAAGUGGUGGUGCAGCGGAUGGAGAGAAGAAGAAGCCUGAAGGAGAAGUUAAGUCUAAGCGGAAAAUGAAAACUGCUUCUCAGCUUGAGAUUCUGGAAAAAACUUAUGCUGUUGAGACAUACCCCUCAGAGUCAUUGCGGGCAGAGCUUUCAGUCCAAUUGGGACUCUCUGAUCGCCAGCUGCAAAUGUGGUUCUGUCAUCGGCGUUUGAAGGACAGAAAGGCACCACUAGUGAAGCGUCAGCCCAAGGAUUCGCCGGCACCAUCUGGUGAGGACAUGGGGGCAGUGGCAGAGGUUGGAAACGAGCACAUGCUUGUGCCUGCUUCAGGAACAAGUCCAUUUGGUCAUGGGAUGGAUCCGCGGAGAGUAGUUGCUAGGACCCCGGGGGUGGCUGUCCCAAGGCUUGCUCCUGAAAUGUCAUCAGUGAGGAGAUACUAUGAACCACAGCAGUCAAUAGCUGAGCUUAGAGCCAUAUCAUUUGUGGAGGCUCAGUUGGGGGAGCCAUUGAGGGAGGAUGGUCCUAUUCUUGGGAUGGAGUUUGAUCCCCUGCCACCAGAUGCAUUUGGUGCACCUAUAGGAACAGCUACACUGGGGCAGCAGAAGCAGCCUGGAAGAUCUUUUGAGGCCAGCCUGUAUGAGCGACUUGAUGCAAAAUCUAUCAAGGGUACUACAAGGCCUGUGCAUGAAUACCAGUUCCUUCCCCAGCAACCGACUGUUAGAGCAGAUGCAUAUGAACGAGUUGGCCCAUCCUAUCAAUUUGGUUCGCCAGCAGACAGUCAUAAUACCAAGAGUGCAGCAUUAUCUGCAGGACGCCCUUUAAUGCAUGCAAAUGAGCAAAUGACCUCAGGAUAUGGUUUUCCAAGUCAGCUGCCCAGUCUAAAUCUCAUGCCCCCAGAAGGCAGGCAGGGCCACCUCUUGCCAUCUGCUACAACAGAAUAUGAUACUGUACUACGAAAAAGCUCCUUCACAAAUGUUGGUGGGGAUGCUCAAAUUGGUUCCCACCCAAUUUCUGUGUUGGACAAUCCAUUUAUGCAGUCUGAGAGGAGGGUUACCCAUGAUGAGGAUGUUUUGCGCAUUGAGAGGAAGCGAAAGAGUGAGGAGGCAAGAAUAGCACGUGAAGUUGAGGCCCACGAAAAGAGGAUAAGAAAAGAGCUUGAAAAGCAAGAUAUCUUAAGGCGAAAGAGAGAAGAGCAAAUAAGGAAAGAAAUGGAAAGACAAGACCGUGAAAGGCGGAAGGAAGAAGAAAGGUUAUUGCGUGAAAAGCAGCGAGAAGAGGAGAGGUACCAGAGGGAGCAAAGGCGUGAACUAGAGCGGAGGGAGAGAUUCUUGCAGAAGGAGUCUAUGAGAGCUGAGAAAAUGCGUCAAAAGGAAGAACAGCGCAGAGAAAAGGAGGCAGCAAGGCAAAAGGCUGCUACUGAGAGGGCAAUUGCACGCAGAAUUGCUAAAGAGUCAAUGGAGCUAGUUGAGGAUGAGCGCUUGGAACUCAUGGAAUUAGCUGCCUUAAGCAAGGGCUUGCCUUCGAUAGUUUCUCUUGACUUUGAAACUCUGCAGAAUCUUGAUUCAUUCAGAGAUAAGCUGGCUUCAUUCCCUCCCAAAUCUGUUAUAUUGAAGAGGCCUUUUGCAAUUCAACCUUGGAAUAGUUCAGAGGAGAAUGUAGGGAAUCUUCUAAUGGUUUGGAGGUUCUUAAUUACUUUUGUGGAUGUUCUCGGGAUAUGGCCAUUCACUCUGGAUGAGUUUGUCCAAGCUUUUCAUGAUUAUGAUCCAAGGCUAUUAGGUGAAAUACAUGUUGCUCUUUUGAGAACCAUAAUUAAAGAUAUUGAAGAUGUUGCUAGAACACCUGCCUCUGGGUUAGGGGCAAAUCAGAACAGUGCUGCUAAUCCUGGAGGUGGACAUCCACAGAUUGUUGAAGGGGCAUAUGCAUGGGGUUUUGAUAUACGCAGCUGGCAACGUUACUUAAAUCCAUUAACGUGGCCUGAAAUAUUGCGACAGUUUGCCCUUUCUGCUGGAUUUGGGCCACAACUGAAGAAAAGAAAUGUUGAGCAGGCUUAUCUUCGUGAUGAUAAUGAGGGUAAUGAUGGUCAAGAUGUAAUUACUAAUUUACGCAGUGGAGCGGCAGUUGAAAAUGCUGUAGCUAUAAUGCGAGAAAGGGGAUUUUCUAACCAGCGCAGAUCUAGGCAUCGCUUGACACCUGGUACUGUUAAAUUUGCAGCAUUUCAUGUUCUGUCACUUGAAGGAAGCAAGGGUCUGACUAUAUUAGAAGUUGCAGAAAAGAUUCAGAAAUCUGGACUAAGAGAUCUCACAACAAGCAAGACACCUGAAGCUUCAAUUGCUGCUGCUUUGUCGAGGGAUUCAAAACUUUUUGAGAGAACAGCUCCAUCUACAUAUUGUGUGCGUCCUGCCUAUAGGAAGGAUCCAGAUGAUACUGAGGCAAUACUUGCAGCAGCUAGAGAAAGAAUCCGGAUAUUUAAAAGUGGUUUUAUAGAUGGAGAAGAUGCUGAAGAUGCUGAAAGAGAUGACGAUUCUGAGAGUGAUGUGGCAGAUGAUCCUGAUGUUGAUGAUUUAGGUACUGACUUAAACCCUAAGAAAGAAGCUUGCAGUUCUCCAGAAGCAAACAAAUUUAAUGCAGAAGAAUUAUUUGAAAAUGGAAAGGAGAAUGAUGAGGUCAUCAGCACUCCACAAGUUGGACUUCAGAAUGUUGGCGAGGGUUUGUCUUCAAUGCAUUCUGAAGUAAAAGGUGUUCGAUCUUCCACUGGUCAAUCUAUAGAUGUUGCUGGUGUAUCCACUAAUGCUGAGCAACAAGGUGCAGAUAUUGAUGAAAGCAACCUUGGUGAACCAUGGGUUCAGGGUCUGAUGGAGGGGGAGUACUCUGAUCUGAGUGUGGAGGAGCGCCUUAAUGCCCUUGUUGCAUUAAUUGGUGUGGCAAUUGAAGGAAACUCUAUCCGGGUUGUUCUUGAGGAACGCCUGGAAGCUGCAAAUUCUCUAAAGAAGCAAAUGUGGGCAGAGGCCCAACUUGAUAAACGUCGAAUGAAGGAAGAGUAUAUCACAAAGAUCCAUUUUCCCUUCUUUACAGGAAACAAGGUGGAACCUAAUCUCGCAAUGUCUAUAGCAGAGGCUAGGCAAAGCCCAUUGGUCACAGUUGAUGAAAAAAUUAAUGAGAUGCCUUCAAAUGCUGCUGCUCAGCAAGAAAAAUCAACUGACCCACAGAAUGACAUUAAUUAUCUUAACACUACUGAAGGAAACAUGCAAAUGCAAGAUUUCUCUGUUGGUCCAGAUAAUCUUCCAUUUCAUCAAUCAGGACAUGCUGCAGAAAAGUCACGCUCCCAGCUAAAAUCCUUCAUUGGUCAUAAGGCAGAGGAGAUGUAUGUGUACAGAUCAUUGCCUCUUGGUCAAGAUCGCAGACGUAAUAGAUACUGGCAAUUUAUCACAUCUGCUUCUUGCAAUGAUCCUGGAUGUGGCAGAAUCUUCGUUGAGUUACGUGAUGGUCGUUGGAGGCUUAUUGAUUCUGAACAGGAUUUUGAUUCAUUGUUGGCAUCUUUGGAUGUGCGUGGGGUUAGAGAAUCCCAUUUGCACAUGAUGUUGCAAAAGGUUGAGAUGUCCUUUAAGGAAGCUGUUAGGAGGAACAUGCUACCUGCAAACACAGGGAGACAAAUUGGGGACACUGUUAAAGCAGAAGCUGCUGAUAUGGUUACUGGCCCUGAUUGUGGCGCUACUAUUGAUAGCCCAAGCAGCACUGUAUGUCUUGCAGAUUCUGAUAUGUCUGAUACCUCGACAUCUUUUGCUGUUGAACUUGGAAGAAAUGAAAUUGAGCAGAAUUUUGCCUUGAAAAGAUAUCAGGAUUUUGAGAAGUGGAUAUGGAAAGAAUGCUGUAAUUCUUCAGUAUUAUGUGCAGUGAAGUAUGGAAAGAAAAGAUGCAGACAACUGCUCAGUCUUUGUGAUUACUGCUAUGAUAUUUAUUUCUCUGAAGAUGACCAUUGCCCUUCUUGCCAUAAGCCAUAUAAGCAAUCUAGCAGCGACUUCAGUUUUUCCAAACACGUGGCUCACUCUGAAGAGAAACUGAGGGUUGGGCCUGCUUAUAAUUUGCGUGGUUCAUCUUCUCCACUGCGGAUCAGGUUGCUUAAAUUGCAAUUAGCCUUGAUUGAGGUUUCUGUUCUGCCAGAAGCUCUUCAAUCUGUUUGGACUAAUGGCUAUCGAAAAUCAUGGGGUACGAACCUGCAGUCCUCAUUGACAGCUGAAGACUUGCUUCAGACUCUGACAUUCUUGGAGGGUUCCAUUAAGAGGGAUUAUUUAUCCUCGAAUUUUGAAACGACCAAUGAACUUUUGGGUUCAGACGACCUAUCUGGAGUUGCAGCUAAUGAUUCUUUCAGAAUGGAAAAGGUUCCUCUGCUUCCGUGGUUACCACGAACAACGGCAGCUGUAGCUCUAAGAGUGAUGGAGUUUGACUCCUCGAUUUCAUACACACUGCAUCAAAAAAUUGAGUCUCAGAAGGACAGGGGGAGUGUAGACUACAUUAAGCUUCCUUCCAAGUUUGCCAUUGUGAAAAGCACCCAAGAUAAUGAAGCCAAUGAAACUCCUCAUACAACUGGAUUAUUUCAAGAAGAGAAUUGGGCCGAUGCUGGUUUUAGUGCAGUGGGUCGUGGAAGGGGGAACCGAGGUCGGGGUCGUGGUCGUAUCCGCGGCGGGAAGUCUCAAAGAAGAGUUACUGGUUCUAGAUCAGAAUCUGUUAAGAGAAGUAUGGCCACAAACAAUGACAGAAUAGGGCAGGUACUUUCAUGGAAAGGACAAUCACGUGGGCGAGGAGGGCGUAAGCGUGGUCGUCGCAGCAUUAGAAGUAGGCAGAAAACAGUCAAGAAAACAGUGGGCAUUUCUUCUGUAGCAAAUAUUCCCAAGCAAAUAAUCUAUGACAAAGCACCAAGAAAGUUGGGAAGGCACGAUUGGAAUGGUGAUGAAACGAGAUUCCAAGAAGGUACCGAAAAUCUCAGCAGCUCAGAAAGAUCAGAAUAUGAUGUUGAUAAUGGUCAAGCUACAGGAGAUGAAUAUGAUGAUAUGGCAGUGGAUGACUACUCUGGUGGUUAUAAUGGCAAAUCUGAUGACUUACUUGAGGGAAGUGAUUACAAUGUAGACGCCAAUGAAGAGGAAGAGGAAGAGGAUGACGAUGAAGGUGAAGAUGAAGAUGAAGAUGACCAAGCAGAUUUGGACGUGGAGGGAUUUAUAAAUGGGGACUCUGAUGAGGAUGACAUCAGGGAUGGAGAGCAGAAUGGGGACCCGGACGACAUCAUUGGAUCUACAUCUUCAGAUUUUAGUGAUUAUAAGUAAGUAAAAUUUAACAUAGAGACUGUUAAGAAAGUUAUUUCUAACUUGCAUUCUUUAGUGUUCCGCAACUCCGCCUGUAAGUAUAAGUGAACUGAAUGUAUUUAUAGAAGAAAAGGUAAUUGUUGAUAUUUAAAUAUCAAUCUAUUGUCAUUUCUUUUGACCA